AUGGGAUCCAAACAAACUCAAGCGAGUACAAAACAGUCGUUUAACUUCCAAGACGAAUUUGACGGUUCGUUGGAACGACCAUGGAAAUCCAAUUCACUGGAGGCAUCAUCGACCGGGUGCAGAGCUAAAUGUUCUGCUCCGGUGACCGGGCCGGAUCUGAUCGAUCAAUCACCGGUAGUGAGUGGAAAUUUGUCCGAAUACCGGAUAGGCGAUUUGGUACGCUCGUACAAUUCGAGCACAGUUGCUCACGAUAGCGCAGGCGUACCGGCGAUUCCGAUUCCGAUACCACAUAUCCGAACGCCAGAUUCGGAUUCGAUGAUCACCGAUUACUCGGACAGAAUGGCUGAUCACAACUCGUGGGCACCUGAUCUAUUCCAAUCGAGCUGGAAUCCCCAUAGACUGGUCUCACAAGCAAGCCGUACAGAAAGACCUGUUAAAAUCAACAUGUGCGGUGGUGUCGAGAAUUCGCGACCACAUUCCGACUUGCUCGACACGUGCAGUCUACUUACUGCCCGUAACUAUUCGAUUAGAGACUCGCCAACACAUCCUGAGCGUUUGUCUCGGCUUAGACCCCAAUCUUAUGACAGCCAAUCUAGUCAAGAAAAUGAUUUGGGUGAUUUGGGCCUAAAUCUGAACUGUGCACAGCAGUUGGGCAAUCGACAUACUUGUCAUCAACUGGACACCGAAUCACCGACAAAAAAGUGUCCCAAUGUUACAAUAUCACCAUGGGGAUGGGCAAAUAUGUGUCGAGAUACGAAUACAGAGGUGGUGGGACAAUCCUAUCCACAUGGUACAACGAUUAAUGAGCUAGAAACAAGGAUGAAUUUGACUCAGCUGCCACAAAUGUAUCCGGAAAUGACAAACGAAAAUACAGAAAUCGGAGAACGAUCGUAUUCCUCACAUGCUAAUACACGGCUCUGGUUGAAAACGGAACCAUACAACGUCCAAGAAACAACUAACUUGACGGCACAGCGGAACGCAACACAUUCGCAACCAGUUUCCCAUUUCUCGUCCGCAGAUGGGAAUUAUCAGUGUGUGACCACGAUCGGUCCAGAUACCAUCAACACACCCGACCAGACCAGGCAGAUAUCCCACGGGGACAGUGGUGAAUCGAAACACUCUCCUUCUUCAGCUUAUCUUCAGCAGUUGACAUUUUCUCCCAGUGAAAAGUGGUAUCAUUCUCUUGGAUUACUGUCGGCUUUCACACAAAUUCUCGCACCUUCUCAUUGUAAUCAUCCAGCCGAGGUAGACAAGGAAUCCAUUUCACGGGUACAGGAAUAUGAAACCAUUUGUGACAGAUCAGAUGCUGAACCACCCAAGUCAACAUGUACCCCAGUUCCUCGAGCACAAACUCAUCAUCCCUGCCUCUCAACCGGUCCUAUAUCGACCGAGAGUAAUCUGUGGACGGUACCAGAUCGUCUGGAGCAUGCAUACUGUCACCACGAUUCUGUUCCAUUCCCAUCGACGGAAUUCGAUCCAGAUCCAUGCACAACACACCCAUGUUUAUUCGGCACAUUAUCGGAGUCCACGCUAGACGAGCUGAAACAGUUCGCUUGUAAAUUCAAACAACGUCGAAUGAAAUUGGGGGUGACUCAGGCCGAAGUUGGUCGAGCCUUGGGUCGCAUGCAACUGGGUCAAUUUGGCUGUCUUUCCCAGUCGACUAUUUGUCGAUUCGAAUCGCUAACCUUGUCUCAUAACAAUAUGCUUGUAUUGAAACCUAUUUUGGAGAAGUGGUUGGAACAAAUGGAGGCUCAGGCCCGAGCUAGCCCCAGUUCUUUGCCGGGUUCACCCACAGACGCGAUCGAGCCGCGUGAUGGAUCUAUGGAUCCCGAGCGACGUCGACGUCGAACAUCUAUAACAGAACCGGAAAAACGAAUGCUAGAAGCUUACUUUCAGGUGGAACCGAAACCAACCAGUGAAGAAUUGGGGCGUAUUGCAAAUGGGAUUCGAUUGCGCAAGAGUGUGGUCCGCGUGUGGUUCUGCAAUCAACGACAAAAACAGAAACGAAUGCAAAUGAAACACCAUAUGUCACGUGAUACCCAAGUCUGUCAUCCGACAACCCCUACCGCAUCAAACAUGCAUUGUUAUAAUGACUAA